GGGCUCCAAUUUAGAGAGACGGUCGCGGCCGUUUCCGCUACGAGCGGCCGUCAAUCGAAGAUAAGAUAGCGACGGGGGAAGAGGCGAAACAUUCGAGUCUGUAACGAGAGAACGAGAGAGGAGAAAAGAAGAGGAGGAGGCGAGGGAUUCCAAUGCAGCGCGUCAAUGCGAGCAUCCACUCGCUCGCUCGCUCCUCUCUCUCUCUCUGCUCCCUUCUCGGCAGUCGGCGCUCGCACCGGGACCGCCGUGGAGUCCCGGCGGUCGCGGCUCGGCGCCCUCCUCCGGGGCUCGGGAGGAGCGGCGGGAACCACGUCCAGGUUUCUCCCGGGCUUCGUCAGCACCACCGGCGAGAGCCACGGCCCGGAACGCCGGGAGAGACGCGGCUCGACCCGCUCCCGGAUGCCCGUGAUGCGGGGACUGGUGGCACCGCAGAACACCUUCUUGGACACCAUCGCCACUCGCUUCGACGGGACCCACAGCAACUUUGUGCUGGGGAACGCCCAGGUCCAAACGCUCUACCCGAUUGUCUACUGCUCCGAUGGCUUCUGCGAAUUGAGCGGCUUUGCCCGCGGUGAACUAAUGCAGAAGAGCUGCACGUGUCACUUCCUGUACGGCGGCGAGACCAGCGACCGGCUCACCUGGCAGAUGCAGAGAGCUCUGGAUGAGCGGCGGGAGUUCAAGACUGAAAUUGUCCUGUACAAGAAGAGUGGUUCCAAGUUCUGGUGUCUGCUGGACAUUGUGCCCAUAAAGAAUGAGAAGAGUGAGGUGGUUCUGUUCCUGGUCUCGCAUAAGGACAUCACAGAGAACAAGGACCUGGACCAUGGCAAGCAGUCUGACACCGACGAGGAAACGGGCCUGGAGAUCCACCAGAUCACCCGCCCGGCGGACUUCGGCACGGAGCGCCGCCGAAGUCGGGCCGUCCUCUACCAGCUUUCGGGACACCUUCAGAAAAAAGACAAGACCAAGAGCAAGCUCAAUAUCCACAAUAGUGUUCUGGGAGCAAACGCUAACCCGGUGCCGGAGUACAAAGUGGCAGACAUCCAGAAGUCGCGCUUCAUCCUUCUCCACUAUGGCGCAUUUAAGGCCGGCUGGGAUUGGCUGAUAUUGCUGGCGACUUUCUAUGUGGCCGUCACGGUGCCCUACAAUGUCUGCUUCGCAGCGGCGGAGGUGCGAGAGGACGGUGCGUCGACGGCGCGUACUCCACCCAGCGUCAGUGACAUCUUGGUGGAAAUUCUCUUUAUGAUCGAUAUCGCGCUGAAUUUCCGAACCACUUACGUGAGCACGUCCGGUCAGGUUGUGUACGACGCUCGCUCCGUUUGCAUUCACUACGUCACGUCCUGGCUCUUUGUGGACCUGAUCGCCGCUUUACCUUUCGACCUGCUCUACGCUUUCAAUAUCAGCGUGAACUUCGGGGUGCACCUGUUGAAGACUGUACGUCUCCUGCGUCUUUUGAGACUCCUCCAAAAGCUGGACCGCUACUCCCAGUACAGCGCCGUGGUCCUCACCCUGCUCAUGUCCACCUUUGCCCUGCUGGCCCACUGGAUGGCGUGUGUCUGGUACUUCAUCGGCCGCAGCGAGAUCGAAAGUAACAGCCCUGCCUCUCGGGACGUAGGCUGGCUUCAUGAGCUCGCCAAACGUUUGGGCACACCGUACUUCUUGGCACCACUGACCUCUCUACUGGGAGUUUCUGAUUUGCCUCGAGCCACCGUGACACCAGAACUGGUUCACUCCAGCCUGUGGAACAGCUCGGGCUCGGAGCCAUCGAACGGGCCGGGUUCGUUCGGUGCGACCCAAUGGAACGGCAGCAGGUCCCGUGCGAGCGGUGGUCCAUCUGUUCGGAGCUCCUACGUGACAUCGCUGUACUUUGCCCUGAGCAGUCUGACCAGCGUGGGCUUCGGCAACGUUUCAGCCAACACGGACUCCGAGAAGAUCUUCUCCAUCUGCACCAUGCUGAUUGGAGCAUUAAUGCACGCUGUGGUAUUUGGAAACGUGACCGCCAUCAUCCAGAGGAUGUACUCCCGCCGCUCCCUGUACCACACCCGCACCAAUGAUCUGAAGGACUUCAUCAGAGUGCACCGGCUCCCCAAAGCACUUGAGCAGCGUAUGAUGGAGUGUUUCCAGACAACCUGGUCUGUCAACAAUGGUAUCGACGUCAGUGAGCUGCUGAAGGACUUCCCAGAUGAGCUGAGGGCUGACAUUGCCAUGCACCUGAAUAAGGAGCUGCUGCAGCUGCCGCUCUUUGAGUCAGCCAGCAGGGGAUGCCUGCGCUCCCUCUCGCUCAUCAUUAAGACGUCCUUCUGCGCUCCCGGGGAAUUCCUAAUCCGUCAGGGUGAUGCCCUCCAAGCCAUCUACUUUGUGUGCUCUGGCUCCAUGGAAGUGUUGAAGGACAGCACUGUCCUCGCCAUUCUGGGAAGAGGUGACCUGAUUGGCUCUGACUGUCUGACUCAGGAAGAAGUGAUUAAGACCAACGCCUGUGUGAAGGCUCUGACGUACUGCGACCUGCAGUAUAUCAGCCUUAAAGGACUCCGCGAGGUUCUCUGCCUGUACCCUGACUACGCCCAGAAGUUCCUUACAGAGAUCCAGCACGACCUAACGUACAACCUCAGGGAGGGACACGGCGCGGAGAAACUGUGUGCUGUUCGACUGAUCAAGUCUGAUUCUCAAUAAAGCUCAAUUAUAAUACCACAGAGGAGGCUUAAAAACGCCACUGAGACACAGUAAAACUGUUCCGGCAUAAAAGGGAUACAGAUUUUCCAUUCUGCUUGACCUAGCAGCCGAACAGGAUCAAAAAAAAAAAAAAAAAAAGCCAUCUGGACUGGGCGAAAAAAGAGCAAGUCCUCUACUUGAGUUGCAGCCAAUGUUUAAAGACGCAAGUAAAGCACAGUUGGUCCCGAAGCCAGACACUUACAGAUGGAUCUCAGCUGUUUCACGCAUACUUUGCUUUUCCUUGUCUUGCUAAGUACGUAUAGUGUAACGAAACACAAAUUCUAGUCUUUAGUCUUUUCCAUCCAGCAUGAGGCUAAAUAUAGUGCUCUCGGAGGGGCGGGGGGAGGAAGGGGGUCACCCGGAGCGGGAUAAGAAUAGAACAACUACAUGCAGAUGAGCUGCCGUAAAAUAAGGAUGAAAGGAAACUCCAGGGUUAAGGCAGAUGAAGGAUAUGGAUGCACGCAGCGACCCACAAAUAGGCACGCUACCUCCCCUCUGCCUCAGAGCAAAACCUCAGCUCAAUUUAAACUUGUGUGAUGCAAAAAUACCAGCACGUGGACCGGACGGAGAAGCUACAGGGGCUGGGGGAACGAGACGGAGGGUGGCGAGGGAUGGAGGCGACGCAUUGCUCCCUUGGUAGAUGCCACGUAGAGGAGUGAAUGGUGUUUGGUUCUUCAUGAGAGCACUUCUUAACAGACAUGCUGCUAAAGUCAAUGAAGUUCAGCUCCAGUGCAACUCUUUGAAUGGGAAGCGUUGCCCGUGAAUAUUCUCAUUCAUUUCAUUUCCAACUGGAUGCGAUGCCCUGAGAAUGGCAACUGUUACAACUCUGAAGAGCUCAGCAGCUCCUCAACCUGGUCAAAAUUAGAACGUAACGCUGGCACGAGCACGCGGAACAAGCAUUAACCAAGAUUGCGUCCCGCCUCGUUUGCCCAACUUCAGGCCGACUGCGAGACCAACGGAGGACUCGUGAAGAAGCUUCCGUCCAUCAAGGAGGAUGAGGAAGGCUCAAACUCUGAGGAGGGCCGCU